AUGCGGUCAAAUCUGUCCGUUGGCCUCGACACUGGAAAAGCGCUGUCGGUUGCAUGGCAGAUCCCUAUGAUCGGAGUGCACCACAUGCAGGCGCAUCUUUUGACACCUGGACUCGUAUCAUGUCUGGAAAAUGAAGCCAAUGUGGAAACAACCGCAACGACACCCGAAUUUCCUUUUCUGUCCAUCCUCGUCUCUGGAGGCCAUACAACUCUAGUUCAUUCCUAUGGUCUCACAGACCAUAGGAUUCUUGCUACAAGCGAGGAUAUAGCCAUUGGGGAGGCACUCGAUAAAUCCGCACGAGACAUCCUACCUGAGUCUUUGCUUCAGGAAGCUCAAAGCACCAUGUACGGCAAGAGUCUGGAGCAAUUCGUUUUCCCUAAUGGCAAGGCCGAUUUUGAAGAUUACUCGGCUCCAGAAUCUCGGGGCAAAGAAAUAAUCAAGCGCAUAAGCGAUUGGGGCUGGUCUCUUACGACUCCAUUUGCGAAUACGCGGAUCAUGCAGUUCAGCUUCUCUUCGAUUUCGAGCAUGGUCGGGAAGAUCGUUGAAAGCAACGAUACGAACUUUAAUAUGUCAGAUGCAGAGCGUGUCGAUCUAGGCCGGGAAGCCAUGCGCGUAUGUUUUGAACAUCUUGCCUCGCGCACUGUUAUCGCUCUAGAGACUCUGCGGCCGCAUAAUAAUGGCAAAAACGAGAUCAAAACCCUUGUUGUCAGUGGUGGUGUUGCCGCCAACCAGUUCCUCAUGAAGGUGCUCACUUCAUUCUUGGAAGUGCGCGGCUUUGGCAAUAUCAAGGUAGUUGCUCCGCCUCCAUAUUUGUGUACCGACAAUGCGGCCAUGAUUGGAUGGGCGGGCAUUGAGAUGUUCGAGGCUGGCUUCCGAUCUCACCUCAGCUGUCGUCCUGUACGGAAAUGGACCCUUGACCCACGGGCCGAUGAUGGAGGUAUCCUUGGCCCGAGGGGCUGGAUCCAAGAGUGA